AUGGACAACGACAUCCCCUUAACUCAAGUCCGGAGCAAUGCCAGCUCAACCGGCGCUAGAAAACCUAACCAAGGCACUGCUACUGGCUUCAGCAUGGAAUCGAAGAACGCCGAAGAAAAUGAGAAGCAUGGCUUCUUCCAUCGUGGUCGAAGACAAGCUAAGAAGAACAGUCCUUCUGCGGAGAACGACAACCUAACUUCCGAUGAGGCAUCUCUCAAUGCUAUGGGAAAGCUCUACAACAAGAUCAUCCACGCCUCUGUCGUCACUAGAUACCUCGUGUAUAUCGUCCCAGUUGCACUUCUUCUUGCUGUUCCUCUGAUCGUCAUCCCAGCGACGGGAAAUAGGGAUAGAAUCCUCGUUGGUCAUGGCCCGCGACAGAACGCCGACAGCGAGCCCGUUGCGGUCUACGCUCCUGGGCCUCAGCUUUUCUACCUCUUUCUCUGGAUCGAACUCGCAUGGUUGAGCUUAUGGGUUGGCAAGGUUGUUGCUCACCUUCUACCACCUAUCUUCAUGUUUUUCACCGGCGUUGUCAGUGCUGGAACCCGCAAAUAUGCCAUUGUCAUCCGCGCUCUUGAGAUUCCCCUCUCACUCUUUUUUUGGGCCAUGGCCACCUUCUUUAUAUUCACAGGCCUUAUCAACGUGAAUUUCAACGAUGUUAGCUGGGUUAUUGCGAUUAGAAGGAUACUGGGUGCCUUCUUCGCUUCUUCGGCUGUCUUCCUCAUCGAAAAAACCAUCAUUCAGCUUAUUAGCGUAACGUACCAUCAGCGGUCCUUUGCCAAUCGCAUCAAGGAUUCGAAACGAGAAGUUUUCCUGCUGGGGCUGAUGUACGACGCUUCUCGACAGUUAUUUCCCAUGUACUGCCCCGAAUUUAUCGAGGAGGAUGAGCUUAUCAACGAUAGUAUCGAGAUCAUGCUCGCCGGCGGGAAGAAAGGCAGAAGAAAUAGGAAGGGCGGAGCAGUCACGCCCAUGAAAUUGAUCGGGGGUGUGGGACGCAUCGGCGACAAAGUUACGUCUGUAUUUGGAAACCUGGCUUCUGAGAUCACUGGUAAGCAGGUCUUCAACCCGAACUCGGCUCACUCGAUCGUCGUGGAAGCCCUCGAAAAAGCUAGAACCUCAGAGGCUCUCGCGAAACGUAUCUGGAUGUCAUUCGUCGUGGAAGGCAACGAGGCUCUAUUUGUGGAUGACAUUAUUGAGGUUCUCGGUCCUGGACACCGUGACGAAGCCGAGGAAUGCUUUGCUGCCAUUGAUGCUGAUUCGAACGGCGAUAUCAGCCUUGACGAGAUGAUCAGGAAGGUGGUUGAGACUGGAAAAGAAAGGAAGGCUAUAGGAAAUAGCAUGAAGGAUAUUAGCCAGGCUUUGGCUGUGUUCGACCAGGUCCUUCUCUUCAUUGUCCUUCUGAUCGUCAUUUUCAUCUUCCUCGCAUUCUUCCAGAGUUCGUUUAUUACCACACUCGCAACGGCCGGUACGGCCUUGCUCUCUUUGUCUUUCGUUUUCGCCGUCACCACUCAAGAAUUUUUGGGUUCCUGCAUCUUCCUAUUCGUCAAGCACCCUUACGACGUGGGAGACAGAGUCGACAUUGCAGGCUCAGAGAAAGAGCAGUUGGUUGUUGAGAAGAUUUCCCUGCUUUACACUGUCUUCAACCGUAUCGACAAGAUGCAGGUCGUCCAGGUGCCCAAUAUCGUCCUGAACAAUCUCUGGAUCGAGAACGUGACCCGAAGUAAAGCCAUGAAGGAGGUUAUCGAUGUCAAUGUUUCGUAUGAUACCUCUUUUGAAGACAUUGAGCUUCUGCGGAUUGAAAUGGAGAAAUUUGUACGCGCACCGGAGAACGCGCGAGACUUCCAGCCGGACCUUGUCAUCGGAGUGGCAGGCGUUGGCGACCUUGACAAGCUUCAGCUGAAAAUUGCUAUCAAGCACAAGUCGAAUUGGCAUAAUGAGGCUAUCCGCGCUACUCGACGCUCCAAGUUCAUGUGCGCGCUUACGCUUGCUUUGAAGCGAGUACCAAUCUAUGCACCUGGUGGCGGCGGCGAACCGCUAGGCGGACCCGCAAAUCCGUCUUACUCUGUUACCGUAACGGACUCGGAUGCUUCUGCGGCUCGAGACAAUGCCAGCAAGGAAAAGGAAGGAAAGAGAAUGGUACCUACAUCCUCGGCGCCAGCCAGGAACCCUUCGACCUCCAAUAAAACCGGUGUUCCCGAGGAACGUGAGGCGAAAGCUGCUCAGGGCUUCAAUUCCCUCAAUCCCGCAAAGGCGGCUGCCGAUGAAUGGGGCUAUAAUCGCGAUGACUCCCCGAGGAACUCGCGCGACGAGUCGUCUAUGGAACGACAGCGUUCGAAUGAUAUAGAUUCCUUGCGUCUGGACCUCCAUAAGCGGGAAAGCCAGCGCAGCGGUCGUCGCAGAGCAGGCGAGACCUUGCCCCCACAACCAGUAGGCGAGCACACUCCAGGUUUCCAAGUAACGCAGCAUAUGGGCCCCUUCGAUGAAGAGGCACAGGUCGGCGGACCGCAUCCGUAUAGUACCACUACCCAAGGAAACUCGCUACACCCACAGGCGUCUCUCCGAAAUAUCCAGUCGGCCGGAUCCUCGGCUAGCGGCCGACCAUCUGGUGCCCACCAGACGCGAUCACCAAGUAACCCCUACCAGCAGCGAUAG